AUCUUUGGUUUAGCUUGGUUCACUUAUAUAUCUCCUUCCUCUCUCUCUCUCUCUCUCUCUCUCUCUCUCUCUCCGCAUGGAAACUUUAGAAGUACAAACACCAUAUCCAGCCACUACUACUACAAUCACCACCGUCGGUCAGGAUGACUACGACGAUGAUGUCUCCCCUGUCGAACAAGUCCGCCUAACCGUAACCAACACUGAUGACCCGACCCUACCCGUAUGGACCUUCCGGAUGUGGUUCCUCGGCAUAUUAUCGUGUUCUCUCCUCUCUUUCCUCAACCAAUUCUUCUCAUACCGAACCGAGCCGCUUAUCAUAACCCAAAUCACCGUCCAAGUCGCCGUCCUCCCCAUCGGCCACUUCCUCCACGCUGUCCUCCCAAAGGCUCAGUUCCGGAUCCCUGGGUGCGGAUCCAAGUUGUUUUCUCUCAACCCGGGCCCAUUUAACAUGAAGGAGCAUGUACUUAUUACUAUUUUUGCUAAUGCCGGAAGUGCUUUUGGAAAUGGACCAGCUUAUGCUGUUGGCAUUAUUGAUAUCAUCAAAGCAUUUUACAAAAGGAAAAUCUCAUUUCUGGCUGGUUGGUUGCUUAUCGUCACUACCCAGGUGUUGGGAUAUGGAUGGGCUGGGUUGCUGAGGAAGUAUGUGGUGGAACCGGCCCACAUGUGGUGGCCCAGCACUCUCGUUCAGGUCUCUCUUUUCCGGGCUUUGCAUGAAAAAGACGAGGCACGCAUGUCAAGGGCAAAGUUCUUCCUAAUUGCACUAUUUUGCAGCUUUUCCUGGUAUCUGGUCCCUGGAUACCUCUUCACAACACUCACAAGCAUCUCAUGGGUCUGCUGGAUUUUCUCCAAGUCGGUCACUGCCCAACAGAUUGGAUCGGGCAUGAGAGGCCUUGGACUCGGAGCACUAACACUCGACUGGACUGCUGUUGCAUCCUUCUUGUUCAGCCCUCUCAUAUCCCCUUUCUUUUCCAUUGUCAAUGUCUUCCUCGGGUACACCUUGAUCGUCUACAUUGCAAUCCCCAUAUCCUAUUGGGGCCUAGACUUGUACGGUGCUAAAAGAUUUCCCAUCUUCUCCUCACACUUGUUCACUGCACAAGGUCAGAGGUAUAACAUAUCAGCUAUUGUGAACAAGAAGUUUGAGAUAGAUAUGGCUCAGUAUCAGCAGCAAGGACGGCUACAUCUAAGCAUGUUUUUUGCACUCACUUAUGGUUUUGGUUUUGCCACAAUUGCAUCCACUCUUACGCAUGUGGGCCUCUUCUAUGGAAGGGAGAUAUACGAUCGAUUCCGUGCUUCGUACACUGGUAAGGAGGAUAUCCAUACAAGAUUGAUGAGAAAAUACGAGGACAUACCUUCCUGGUGGUUUUACGUGUUGCUUGGAGUGACAGUUGCAGCCUCUUUUGUACUUUGCAUCUUCUUGAACAAUCAGGUUCAGAUGCCAUGGUGGGGACUCAUAUUUGCUUGCAUCAUCGCCUUCAUUUUCACCCUUCCAAUCAGCAUCAUAACUGCUACAACAAAUCAGACACCAGGCCUGAACAUAAUCACAGAGUAUGUCAUGGGUAUUAUAUAUCCAGGAAGACCAAUAGCUAACGUGUGCUUCAAAGUCUAUGGUUAUAUGAGCAUGUCUCAGGCCGUCUCUUUCCUCAGUGAUUUCAAGCUUGGACACUACAUGAAGAUCCCUCCAAGAUCAAUGUUCUUAGUUCAGUUCAUAGGAACAAUCAUUGCGGGUACUAUAAACAUUGCAGUGGCAUGGUGGCUGCUCAACUCUAUUACGAACAUAUGCCAGGAUGAUCUCCUUCCAGCUGACAGUCCGUGGACAUGCCCUCGUGAUCGGGUCUUCUUUGGCGCAUCGGUUAUAUGGGGUCUAGUAGGGCCUAAACGGAUUUUUGGAAGCCUUGGAAACUACAGUUCCAUGAAUUGGUUCUUUCUUGGAGGUGCAGUGGGACCAAUUAUCGUUUGGCUCUUCCAUAAGGCAUUUCCCGAGCAGUCGUGGAUUCCUCUGAUUAACCUUCCAGUCCUUUUGGGAGCAACAGCUUACAUGCCACCAGCAACAGCAGUUAAUUACAAUUCGUGGAUCCUAGUUGGAACAAUUUUCAACUUUUUCAUCUUUCGUUACAGAAAGAAGUGGUGGCAAAGGUACAACUAUAUUCUUUCAGCGGCUCUGGACGCAGGGGUGGCUUUCAUGGCUGUGCUGCUAUACUUGUCAGUUGGCAUGGAGAAUAAAGGAAUCACUUGGUGGGGCACAAAUGGUGAACAUUGUGACUUGGCAACUUGCCCAACAGCUAAGGGCAUAGUGGCAGAUGGUUGUCCAGCGAACUGAUGCACUAAUUCUUGUAUAUUAUGCAAAUUCUUAGCUCAAAAUUUCACAGCAUAAAAUUAGCAAGGCACAUGAUGGCCAGAAAAAACACAGCACCACAUGGGAAUUUGUAUGUUUCAUACAGAUUUAUUUAUUUUUAUUUUUCCCAGUUGUGUAAGUUCCAUAUGGAUUUCACUGUUUUAUAGUAGGUUUACUUUUGAAUA